AUUUCUUCGCUUCAAACGAAAGCAAAUACUCUCCAAAAACCUAACACACACAGAUAAAACAGUCCACAAACUGCAACACCAAUUCGCAAACAUGGCGGCAACCGUAAGCGCGUGGGCUAAACCAGGCGCGUGGGCACUCGAUUCUGAAGAACACGAAUCCGAACUCCAAAACGAACAGCCACCACUCGCCGCCGCUAGCGCCGCCGUCCUUUCAGAUUUUCCGUCAUUAUCCGCCGCCGCCACCACCAAAACAAAGAAAAAGAAACCACAAGCAAUAUCCCUAUCAGAGUUCUCAACUUAUAGCGCUGCUAAGAAAUCUCAAUCACAGACCAAAACCCUAACACCUGAAGAAGCGUUAAUGCUUCCAACUGGUCCACGUGAACGAACAGCUGAGGAACUUGACCAAUCCAGGCUCGGUGGUGGGUUCAGAUCGUACGGUUACGAUAGAAACGGAAGAGGUUCGGAUGAUACACGUAGGCAAGGAGGGUUUAGAAGGGAUAAUGAUAGAGAAAUUGCUCCUUCUCGUGCUGAUGAAACUGAUGAUUGGGGUGCUGGCAAGAAGAUGUCGUCUGGUAAUGGUUUUGAAAGAAGGGAGAGAGGUGAAAGGGGAGGUUUUUUCACCGAUUCGCAGUCGAAAGCUGAUGAAUCGGAUAAUUGGGCAGCGAAUAAAGCGUUUGUACCGUCUUCGGGUAGGAGGUUUGAUAGGAGAGGGAGUUUUGGGUCUAAUGGGAGUGAUUCCGAUACGGAUAAGUGGACGAAAAGGAAGGAAUUUGGAAGCUCUGGUGGUGGUGGUGCGUUCGAUAGUUUAAGAGAGCGAAGAGGUGGUUAUGAAUCGACUAAUGGUGGUGUGGAUUCGGAGAAUUGGGGGAGGAAAAGGGAAGAGAGUGGUGGUGUUGGUGUUGGUGGAGGUAGGCCAAAGUUGAAUUUGGCACCUAGGACAUUGCCAUUGACUGAAGAGAAACAGAAUGGUAAUGAGGCUGUGGUUGUGGCGAAGCCGAAAGGGGCUAAUCCAUUUGGGGCAGCUAGACCAAGAGAGGAAGUAUUGAAGGAGAAGGGACAAGAUUGGAAGGAGAUUGAUCAAAAGCUUGAGUCUUUGAAGGUUUCUGAGACAAGUGAUGGUGGUGGUGCUCCAGUUGUGAAGAAAGCUUGGGGGAAUCCUAAUGGAAACCCCAUUUUUCGCGAGGAGAAGACUGAGAGGAGUUGGAGGAAGCCUGAUCGGCUGAAUGAAGUUCGUCCUUCGAGUGCUGAAGAAACUGUAAACGGUGCUGUUGAAGAAACUAUAAGCGAAACUGCUGAAUCUGGUGGAGAGCCACAAAUAUGAUGCCAAUGGAAGUAGAAGUUUUACGAGCUAUGUUUCCUUCAGUCCAGAUUCAUGUGAUGUGAAGCAUUGUGGCAAUUUUGAUAGAACUGCUUAUUUUGUAGUGGGUUGUGUUCUUUGUGUACUUGCACCAACAUUCUCGUUUUGCUAUUUAUGUUUGUUCUUUUUCUGUCGACGCAGAGUUUAGAUUUGUUUGUUAGUACGCAACAUUCUUAUGUGGAACACAAAGGCAUAAAGACUGUAAGAUCAUAGAUGUUUAUCAUUACUGUUUUGUACUUUUGGACUUGUUCCAUAUUCUUAUUAUGUCCAGAUCUUAGAUGGGA